AUGGCAAGGCUCCUCCUCCUCGCCGCCGACCACGCCGCCGGAGCGCCGGGGGCGGCGAGUCUCGUCCUCGUCCUCGUCGUGGUGCUCGUCGUCGCGGCGGUCGUCGUGUCGCUCUGCACCAGCAGCACGCACGCGAAGCUGUGGGGGCGGCAGCGCGGGUCCUCCUCGUCCGCGCCGUUGCCGAAAUCGGACAGCAGCGUCGGCGCGAGCAACCGGAGGCGCCUGCUGUCGGCCACGCUGAGCGGGAUCGGCGGUAAGGCGGCCAGGAUGGUGUCGUGGAACAGGCGCUCUCCGGCGCCGGGCGGCAGCAGCGACGACGAGGAGGCGGUGGCCGAUCUGGGGCUGGACGACGACGACGAGGCCGUGUGGCGGAAGGCCAUCAUCAUGGGGGACAAGUGCCGGCCGCUCCAGUUCUCCGGGCACAUCGCCUUCGACUCCGACGGCAACCAGCUGCCCCCGCCGCCGCCGGCGGCAAUCAAGAAAGCCGGCCCCGACGUCCACGCCGAGAAUUAA